UAAUUUAGGUUACAAUUUUCCACAAAGCAUGUUUAAUUUAGGAGAGACAAAGAUCCUAUUCUUGGCGUGAGAAGUGAGGAUGAGUGCAGACGAGUUACCAACGAAGGAGGCUAACGUACUCCGGGGGCAUGAAGGCGCAGUUCUAGCUGCUCGUUUUAACGCUGAUGGAAAUUAUUGUCUGAGUUGCGGCAAAGAUCGUACCAUACGUCUCUGGAAUCCUCACCGUGGAAUUCACAUUAAAACCUAUAAAUCUCAUGGCCGUGAAGUUCGUGAUGUUCAUGUCACCCAGGACAACUCCAAGAUUAUUUCAUGUGGUGGUGACCGUCAAAUCUUUUAUUGGGAUGUAUCGACUGGUCGAGUGAUUCGCAAAUUUCGUGGGCAUGAUAGCGAGGUAAAUGCUGUGAAGUUUAAUGAGUCUGCAUCUGUUGUAGUGUCAACUGGGUAUGAUCGUUCGAUGCGUGUUUGGGAUUGUAGAUCACAGAAUACUGAACCAAUUCAGAUCAUUGAUACUUUUCAAGACAGUGUGAUGUCCGUGUGUUUGACAAGUAGUCAACUUAUUGCCGGAAGUGUCGAUGGAACUGUCCGAACAUUUGAUAUUCGCAUUGGUAGGGAACUAUCUGAUUACUUGGGACAACCUGUCAACUGUAUAUCAUUGUCAAAUGAUGGUAACUGUGUAUUAGCCAGUUGUCUAGAUUCUACUUUACGCCUUCUUGACAGGUCUACCGGAGAGCUACUGCAAGAAUAUAAAGGUCAUGUAUGCAAGUCAUACAAACUGGAUUGCUUCCUUACCAAUAGUGAUGCCCAUGUGACUGGUGGUUCAGAGGAUGGCUACGUUUUCUUCUGGGAUUUGGUGGAUGCAUCUGUUGUAUCAAGAUUUCGUGCUCAUGCUUCAGUGGUAACAAGCGUAAGCUAUCAUCCCAAGGACAACUGUAUGAUUAGUGCCUCUGUUGACGGAACCAUCCGUGUCUGGAAAACAUGAGAUAAUCGCAUAAUGCCUCCGAUCAUACUGUUAUCUGGUCCUUUUUUUUGAUAUGAGAUGCCAAAUUCUUUUCUUAUGUGUGCCGGUGUUGCUGUGUUUUGAUGCUGAUUUUGUCCGUCAUAUAUAUCAGAUAUCGUAUUAUUUUCGUAAGUGUUGUGAUGCUGCAUUUUCGCGUUGGUUGUCUCAUUAACCAUGAAAACAACCAUCCUGGCAAUGAAGUCCAAGUCUUGCUGGUGUUAUUGUCAACUGUCAUCUUGUGCUAUCUUUUUCCACAAUGUGUUUGUAGUGUUUUCAAUUUCUAGCCGUCAACUACAAUUAUUGGAAAAAUUACUGUGAGAUGGAAUAAUCAAUUAGCUAGUUUCUUGAGAGACCAUCUCUUUGAGAGACAUAUCUCAAGCUCAGCCCAUUAAAGAUUAAAUGCCUACUUACCGUAUUCUUAAUGUCUACAUACCGUAUUCUCAAUGUCUACUUACAUUAUCUUUAAUGCUUACUUAUCGUAUCUUUAAUGCCUA